GGCUUUGCGUAACUACGGCAGUCAAUGCAGUUAUGUUGAAGUAAGUGCAACAGCAAGGAGCUCAUUUUCUUCAAGACAGAGGGAUCGCGAUUGCAGAGGACGUUUAACAGGACCAUGGCUGUCAACAAGGUAGUGCUUUUGGCGCUGCUGCUUUGUGUUGCAACUGUCGCCGGGCAAGUUGAGAGUGAGGUGUUGCCGUGCUACACGUGCACCUACAACGCGGGCGGGGACGACAGCUGCUAUAAAGACCCCGACAACUCCGGCUCGGUGCCAAUCACGGACUGUAAACUCGGCACCGGCCAGUGUUGCAUCAUCUCCAGGUCUGACGCACCUCAGGAGCUUGGUACUCCACUCUCGUUGUACCGUGGGUGCAUAGAAGACUGCGAUCCUAAGAAGAUAGGCAAGAUGGAGACGACAUCCACGUACAGUGUCACCACCUACGAGACUUUCUGCGACGAUCCUCGCUGCAACAACGGGCCUGGCAACGUCGAGCCAGGUUCGGGCGGAGAUGGAGGGUUAUUCAUCGACGGCAUUCAGGGAGCCAGCGACUCCCCAGGCCAAAACAGCGGCUCCCCAUGCCACCACAGCGGCUCCCCAUGCCACAACAGCGGCUCCCCACGCCACCAAGCCGUAUGGGGCGUCGUCAUCUUUCUUCUCUUCGGCAUUUGUCACGCGUACAAUUGCCACUGAAAAAAAGGCGCCUUAGAAUAAUAUGUUAGUAUUCUGAUCUGAGAUAGUCCUUAUCGCAAUGUAUCAAGUCUUCAAUACCACUAAAGUAUCUGCGCUUUAUAGUACUAUUUUCAUACUGUAAUCCAAGAUACCUACUCUUUAGCGGUUUAUACCAAGUCUCAAAUUGCUAUAUAAGAAAAUGCC